GUAGCGCGUCAGUAUUAGGUCGUCUCUUUGUUGUACGUCUACUUACCACAAUUUCCACUGCAUGAAGAUGGCAAAACUUCUGCGUUGUGCCUUCGCCCUAGCCCCCGCUCAGCUCCAGUUCCUCCACUUUCUCCUACAAGAGCCCACUUACUUCGCCCGAGCCUCGCUGCUCUACGGCUUCCCUGGAGACUCGUUUUUUUCCCGGAGCGCCUCCCCCGCUUCUGGGUCGACGUCCCUGCAGCUCCCGCGGCUGCGCCUCGGGGGCCGCAGCCCGCGCCGGCAAGAAACAAACAGCCAACCCGCAAGCCCCCGCACGUCACGAGCGGUGGAGCGGGGCCUAGAAGUGGAAGAAACAACAGUUGCGACAAGAAGCCCUCCUGAAGAUCAACCUGCUAGAGCUGCUGGUGGCGCACCAGCCACAGGCGCAGCACAUUUUCACGACGGGCCGUCGCCCCGCGCGCGGCACUCCUGGACGGAGACGUAUUGCCCAGACUGCCACCGCCUGUUUUGGGCCUGGCAACCGGAUCAAAAUGGAACAAGCAGAAGUGGCGCCGUCACAAUUACAGAAGAAACUCCGAGCAGGCAGUUCUCGACUAGUACUACACCACGGCGAAACCACUCCGAAGAUUUGUCCUCCCGGCGCACAGAGAGUUACGAAGACGCAUUUGCGCGGGCUGUGCUACUUGGGACGUCGAGGAGAGGGAGAAGUGAGCAAAAUCAGCAGGCACAGCCACACGCAUACCAGAGUGGGGCAACGAGUAACAGCAAUUACAACAUCUCCUCCUACUUGUCCUCCCGGCCAGCCAGAGCAGCUGCUCCUGUAUCGCACGAAAAAACUGCUUCACUGUUGUAAACCUGUACUACUAGCGCAUAAAAUUCAAAUUGCCAACACAGGAGUUUUUGUCUUGCUACAGCACAUGCAAAUCUUACAAAAUGCUUAUACGUUGAUGAUCUUGAUGAAACAGUUUCUUUCCUACGAUACCCUGGUGAACAACAAGAAGAGCACUCUGAAUUACCCGCCGCCUCCGCCUCCAGGAGCGCUGCAGCUAGCAGCACAACCACAGUAAACAGCUGGCCCUCUUCCGUCGCCUCAUUUCCUCCGCUCUUGCGUCAGCUGUCCAGCAGCAGCGGACCUGCAACCGGUGCAGCUGGUGGAGCUCCUUCUACCGGAACUAGAGAACUAUUUGUUCCGCAUCUAUCAAAUGUAAAAAUGUCUGGGUCUGGAAACUUGUGAUGCUGGGUGGCGUCUCAUCAUGAGGCCACAAAUGCUGGCUCAGCAUGACAAGUUUCUGAGCUUCUAGGUGUUGCCUAUUCUGCAUGACAAACUGCGUUCCCGCAUCACAGAAAAAUGGAGCUCUUGGGUAACGUGCAUGACAGAUUUAAGCGUCAUGCCAGGCAAGCAUGACAAACAUGCAUUCUUCCAGACCCAGACACUUUUGCAUUUGAUAGCAUCGGCCGCAAAGCCAAACGCCCCGGGUUCACCUGCAGCUCGCAGAUCAGUACGCCGUGAAUGGAACGACAGUAAGCAAUCUUCAUAGAGGCAGGGUCGUGAAUGAAGGCGCGUCUCUACGUCUUCCUUCCACGGGCUUAGUUGGAGGUGAAGAUGAGUCAGGCUUAGGUGCAACUGGCUCGUCCGAAGUUGACGCUACGAUCCAACAAGGAGCAGCCGCAGCUGGCUCCCCACAAAGUAGAAUUCCUGCACCUAUUUCAUCUGCGCGCACCUCCGCAACUACCUCUUCUUCCGGCGAUAGUCUCGCAGCCCAAGCCGGGCGCAACAUCCUCCGGGCCGGUGCUGUUUCGUUAAACCUGGUUGCCGGCGGGAUGAUUCCCGGCGCGCAAGUCGGCGUGACGAUGUUGCGCCGGGCGGGCGAACACUUUGCGUCUGCUGCAGGUUCUUCUGGGGUGGACCAGGCGGUCGCCGGGGGAUUAGAAGCAAGUCGAGACGCGGGACGCUCUUAUCCAAGAAGAGGUGGAGACACAGCCACAGGUACUUCUAGAAUGACCGUCGCAGAACUUGCCGCCGCUACAGUCCGAGAUUUAGCACGGAAUGACCCUCGGUUUCUGGCUGCCACCUUUUCGACUUUCACGAGACAGGAACGGGACAGCAUUUUGGCUGCAGCUAGUGGAACCACAACUUCUGCGGGUCGUUCUGUUGGGGUCAAUGCAGGUUAUGAACUGCAGAAGUUGAAGUAUCGUACUAGCAGUAAUUGCAAUACAAAUUAGCUCAGCAUGACGAAUGGAAUUUGUCAUGCUGUUUUGCCUUGGGAUGGACAUGGAGAUUUGUAAUGCAUGACUGCGAUUGCUUUUACUACGAGCGCGAUGCUUUUGCACAGGAUACAGGUAUUUUGCCAACGACUUCUCCUUCUCCACGAGGGGGCAACUCCGGUAGCAGCUCGACACCAGGAUCGUAUGGCAGUUGGCGGACGACCUCCGCGGUGGACCACAGUCCAUACAGAAGUGCGCCGUCGUCCGGAGCAGCAGGCCCGGCAUCCACGAUCCUUGGCAAUUACAACGUCGGGGGCCGGUACAAUGAUGGUGGAAAUUACAACAGAAGACAGUAUCAUUUACAUAUGGGACGAACUACACCAGCAGGAACGACCAGUAAUUCGAAUCCUCAUGCGGCCUCGACAAGCAGUACAAGCAGUGGCCAAAGCGCGUCAUCCCCCCCGCGCGGGACGAGCGGCGCAACGACAAUUCGGGCGGGAACACCAGCAGCUGCAAGAAUUAAUACAGGAAGUACUACUAGCAGAGCUGUUGCUGUUAGAAAUAGAAACUCGUACCCGGAGCAAUAUUGCCCGCAAUGCCAGGGGAGAAGGACAGCGGCACGGAAUGCUGUGGAGCUUGCGCGACAACGACACUCCCAAAUGUUGGAAUGUGAUGAGCCACAAGGCAUCAGUGGUGCAAGUGAAGAAGCUGACCAAGCCACUGGAGAACCACCAGCAGAGCACCAGCAACAUAAUUAAUUGAAGAUUUAUGAUGACAGCACAUGUUUGUUUGUUUGUAGACAUGCGGUAAGGUGGAAACGCGUCUACUCACCUUUUUUUCCCUAGCGCUACUUCAAUAAAAAUCCCUUUACGCAAAGAUGCUUGAAAAAAUCCUUAGGGGCUGCUACCGGUAGUGUGCGACUUGCUUUAAAAAUAAUUAUACGGCCUGCUGGAAAGUGGUACUCUUAUAAAACGCCAAACUCCGUUGUAAAUCUGUUGCGAAUUUCCGUUGAAAAAAGGCUACUUCUUGGACCACUUCUACCUUGUUUAGGAAGAUCCCGACAUUUUGAUCGUUCUGCUUUUGUUUUUCUUUUUAGCUCACUGUAAAGCUUUUAGAUCGCCAUAAGCUUCCAAGUAAAGUUCUCAACUAACAUUUCUCAACUAACAUAGACCGGACCCUUUUGCAGAGCAUCACUCUUUAACCGCGCUGCGGCCUCGUCCAUCGGACCACCACUGGUGCCGUAUUGCCG